UUCUUGGAGCAAGACGGCAGUGGUGGCAAGAUUCAAAACAGACACGCGGUCAACAUGAGCAUGGCAGGCAAAGUUAUUAAAUGCAAAGCAGCAGUAAUGUGGGAAGCCAAUAAACCGUUUUCGAUUGAGGACGUGGAAGUAGCCCCACCAAAAGCACAUGAAGUUCGCAUAAAGAUCGUGGCCACAGGGAUCUGUCGCUCUGAUGACCAUGUGAUAACUGGUGCACUGGUUAUGCCUUUUCCAAUAAUCCUUGGACACGAAGCAGCUGGUGUUGUGGAGAGCGUUGGGGAGGGAGUAACUUCGAUCAAACCAGGAGACAAGGUUAUUCCCCUCUUUGUGCCACAGUGUGGGGAGUGCAGCAGUUGCUUAAGCACCAAGGGCAAUCUGUGCCAUAAAAACGACAUUGGUUCGGGUGCUGGAUUAAUGCCUGAUGGCACCACUAGAUUCACCUGUAAAGGAAAAGCAAUUCACCAUUUUAUUGGUACAAGUACCUUUACUGAGUACACAGUAGUGCAUGAGUCUGCUGUAGCCAAAAUCGAUUCUGCUGCUCCCCUGGAAAAAGUUUGUCUAAUUGGCUGUGGAUUUUCAACUGGUUAUGGGGCUGCUGUGCAGACGGCCAAGGUGGAACCGGGCUCCACUUGUGCCGUCUUCGGCCUGGGAGGAGUUGGCCUCUCUGUUGUCAUGGGCUGCAGGGCGGCUGGAGCUUCCCGCAUCAUUGCCGUUGAUAUCAACAGUGACAAGUUUGCCAAGGCCAAAGAGCUGGGAGCCACAGACUGUGUCAACCCUAAGGAUUUCAAGAAGCCUAUUCAUGAAGUGUUGAUGGAAAUGACUGGCCAUGGUGUGGACUACUCCUUCGAGGUCAUCGGCCGUACCGACACCAUGACUGCAGCCUUGGCCUGUUGCCAAUACAACUAUGGAGUCAGUGUGAUUGUGGGAGUGCCCCCUGCAGCACAGAAGAUCACUUUUGACCCCAUGCUUCUCUUCACUGGUCGCACCUGGAAAGGGUCUGUCUUUGGAGGCUGGAAGAGUAAAGAUUCAGUCCCUAAACUGGUUGCUGACUACAUGAAGAAAAAAUUUGUUCUGGAUCCAUUAAUAACCCACACACUUCCCUUCACUAAAAUCAAUGAAGGAUUUGAGCUUCUAAGGACAGGGAAGAGUAUUCGCAGUGUCCUGGUGUUUUAGGAUUCCCAGUUGU